CGGCCACUUCCCAUAUACCAAACCUAUACAUCUUCCAUACUUUACUAUCAGGCUCUCUUGUUAAUCAUGCCUCUUUUCCAUCGAGAUUCCCUCUCUCGCUCGUCCCGCAAUAGCAUCGCGGACACUAACGAGCGUCACGGCACCGGAUUAUUCGGUCACCGCGCCUCUCAUUCCUCUCGUUCCUCAUACAGUGGCACUUCUAGCAGUGCUAGUAGUGCUCCCAGCCGCCAUAGUAGCCUACUCCGCGGUCGCCGCUCAGAAGACCCGGCUAUAACUUCAGCGCGCGACCGAGUGUAUCGCGCCGAAGCCGCAGAGAAAGCCGCAGACAAAGCGCUGUAUGAGUCGCGCAAAGCCGUUCAAGAAGCGAGAAAUCAUGUUAAGAAGUUGGAAAAGGAAGCGAGGGAAGAGGCUCGACUUGCGAAAAUCAAGCAGCACCAUGCGAAGGACAUCUCAAAGAGAGCAAAGCCACUUGGUCGUCAUGUCUGAAUUAUAGCUUAGCCUUGAUUGAUGCAGCUUAUUCCGGGCACUGUGUUGUUCUCUACCAUUAUCUGCCUUGUAUUACUAGUUGUUGAGAUCACUGUAUAUUGUUCCCUAUUAUUUAUGAUAGUGUUAAAUCAAUAGCAGUGGUUCUAUUUUAUCUAGUACCAC